AUGGCUACCCAUCCGCACGACGUUGCAGUUCCAGUGCCAUUUUAUUCCAGAUUUGGUCCGAAUCAAAAACUGGGCGGCGGUGAAGUACUGGUAGUUCACGGAAAGGUUAACCCUGAUGCUAGCAGAUUUGAUGUGAAUUUGCUCCGUGGAAGUGCUCAUAUUGCACCAGGUACAGAUGUUGUUCUGCACGCAAGCAUUCGUUUUGACGAAGGCAAAAUUGUCUUUAAUUCAUAUGAGAACGGUAGCUGGCAAAAGGAAGAAAGAAUUUCAAAUCCGUUCAAAAAGGAUUCCGACUUUGAUCUCCGAAUACGUGUACAUGACGAGGCUUUUGAAAUUACUGCUGAUCAGAAGACAGUUCACAAGUUCAAAUAUAGACUUCCAGCAAGUUCUGUGGACCACUUUUCCGUCACUGGUGAUUGCAAGUUAAGCGGUAUUCACUGGAGUGGUCGUUAUUAUACACUUCCACAUGACCAAUUUUUCCAUGAAGGCAGCCUUCCAUGUGGUAAACGUAUUUUUAUCUACGGUAAACCAACUGGAAACAGGUUUGAAAUCAAUUUGAUGGGUGCAGACAACUCUAUCUUAUUCCACUUCAAUCCUCGUUUGAACGAAAAGAAGGUACAAUUGGAAAAUACAGGAGCUAACAGUAUUGGGCAACGGUAUACUCUAUUUAAGGUUGUCCGCAACUCUCAGAUUGGCGGAACCUGGGGAACUGAGGAGCGUGAAGGACCGUUUCCGUUCAAAAAGAACAUUGGUUUUGAUCUUGUCAUCUAUAAUGAAGCAUAUUCGAUUCAGAUCUUCUGCGAUGGUGAAAGAAUCGGAACAUUUGCGCACCGUACUUCAAAUCCAAAUCGCGAUUAUGUAAAGUUAAACGUUGCCGGUGAUCUCGAGUUGACUGGUAUUGAAUUCUCCGAUUAG